GGUCAAAGGCAGGGUGGGCCUAUCGGUAUGGUCCCUCUGGUUUGAAGGGCUACAGUGUGCAGAAAGGGUAGAACAGUGCCCACCUCCCUUACUGUAAUGGUCAGUGCUGUAUUACCACAUAUUGUCACAUCCCGUCUCCCAGAGCCAAAUGGACUCCUCAAUCCCUGGCUCGUAUGGUCGUUCUCUAUUGACAUCUUACUACUGUUGAAUGGACGGUAGUGGUACAAAAUACAGUGUUCCAUAUUCUCACGAGUCCAAAGGACUAGCUAGGCAAAUUUCCAUUGAAAGUGUUUUUUAGUCCAGGAGUAGGUUGAGUCUGAGUCAGGUAAUCGGGCCUCAAUUUGAAACAAAAUGCAGAAUGAAUAAAAAAAGCUUUUAAAAGCAUAAUCAAUGUAUAGCUUCAAAAUAUAAAUGAGCUGUUGGUCCUUUAAUCUGAGAACGGUAACAGUUCUCCAGCACGUCCCUCCGAGUGAAUUUAAUUUAGGAUUGUGGCUAGAAUGUAUUCUGUACUGUAACUGGGUUCGCCACAAAACAAAGACUACAUGAAAAGCAAUACCCAUUUCUUUUCAGUUUAUUUGGACAAUCUAUUGUCUGUCAUUCCUAAUAACAGCCCUUAGUUGUGUGUUAUUUACAAUAAUCCAUGUGUUCGCAUGCCUUAUAACUUAAUAUUUGCAUAUUCUAUUCAUCCAAAUUUUUGUUAAAAGUAUCUACAGUAUAUGCAAAGCUUGCUAAAACAACUUUUGAGCAAUACUGUAGUGAGACAGCAAGCUUGGAGAAGAUGGCACAAUUGAGCUCUUUGUGCCUUGGCUCUCUGCAAUUGUUCUUUUUAUACUAUUUGCUACCCCUCCUAUCAGCUUUCAGCUCAGACUAGUGUCUGCUCUCAAUAGCCUUCUGUAUGCAGCCAGAGAAUAGAGCCCAUGCCCUCGCCCCCUCUUUUGCUUUAUCUCUUUCUCCAUCUCUUCCUCUCCAUCUCUCGUUCCCUCUUUCCUUUUCCCUUUGUGUCUCUCCCUCCCCUCGCUCGUUCUCUUUUAAACACAAACAAGUGCAAGUCCUAGCAGGGAGCCUGAUGUCACAGUUGGCUAUAUUCAGCUGGAUCUCGUUCAGAGUCGAAAGUGGAGCAGAAGAAUCAGGUGUGCAUAAUUUACAGAGAGAGAGCACCUGCCAGAUGAAUUGGCUUUGGAGCGUUGGGCAUAACAUAUGUAAUGAAAAGGAAAGCACUUGACCAUGUGGUGGGGUUGUGACACCGUGUGUGACCCGACAAGAGCAGGCACAAGCCACCACUGGACCGGACAGCUCCUCUGAGACGCACUGCUAUGCACUCUUAGGUUUUAACUUCAGUUGCAUUUUUCAUCUAACUGCAGUUGUGGGAUUUAUGCACAACAGGGUGGAUAACUUCUAUUUGGGACCAUGGUUGGCAAGCAGGGGAGGCAAUGGAGGUCGAUGUGCAAAGGCCUUGUCCUGGGUACCCUACUCACUAGCUGUAUGAUCCUGCUCUACUGCCUUUCUGCUCCACAGGCCCACUUCAACCUGCCUGAGGGUCCAGUGCCUUACUCCUGUUCCCAUCGACCUGCUCAAGCCCACGCCAGACUUAUCAAAAACAGCUCCCACCAUGCACCGGGGCAGACAGGCAUCUGCACUCCCAAAGUGGACAUCAUGUUCAUGAAAACCCACAAGACAGCCAGCAGCACACUCCUCAACAUCCUCUUCCGAUUUGGAGAGAAGCACCGGCUCAAGUUUGCCUUCCCAAACAGCCGUAACGACUUCUUCUACCCCUACCCAUUCCAGCGCUCCCAGGUCAAGGACUACAGGCCUGGCAUGUGCUUCAAUAUCAUCUGCAACCACAUGCGCUUCAACGCACCUGAGGUAGCCAAGGUGCUCCCUACAGACACCUCCUACAUCACCAUCCUCAGAGACCCGGCUGAGCUCUUUGAAUCCUCCUUCCACUACUUUGGCCGCCUGGUGCCCAUGACCUGGAAAAUACCAGGCGAGGACAAGGUGGGGGAGUUCCUGCGCGACCCCCGCCACUACUUUGACCCCAAUGGCUUCAACUCCUUCUACCUCAAGAAUCUGCUGUUCUUCGACUUUGGGCAGGACAACACUCUGGAGCUGGGCGACCCGCGGGUAGAGGAAGGCAUCCGGGCCAUCGCAGGCCACUUCCAGCUGGUCAUGCUGGUGGAGCACUUUGACGAGUCCCUCAUGCUGCUCAAGGACGCCCUCUGCUGGGAGAUGGACGACCUGCUCUUCUUCAAGCUCAACGCCCGGAAGGGCUCCACCGUGUCUAAACUGACCCCGGAGCUGAGGGCCAAGGCCCUGGAGUGGAACGCCGUGGACUGGAGGCUUUACCAACACUUUAACGUCACCUUCUGGAGGAAGGUGGAGGCAUACGGACGCCAGCGAAUGGCCGACGAUGUGGCGGAGCUCCAGAGGAGGAACGCAGUGAUGGCGGCAGUCUGUAUCGAGGGAGGCCAUGCUGUGGAUGCAGGGAGCAUCCAGGAGACAGCCAUGCAGCCCUGGCAGCCCAUCGGGGAGAAGUCAAUCAUGGGCUACAACCUGAAAAAUAAUGUGGACAAGGCCCACCGCAAGCUGUGCCUUAAGAUGCUCACCCCAGAGCUGCAGUACCUGACAGAGCUGGGGGUCAACCUUUGGAUCACUAAACUGUGGGGUCAUGUGAGAGACGUGAUCAACUGGUGACUAGAGGGUGAUUAGAGAGACACGAGCGAGAGGGGCCAAGAGAGCGCAGCUGUGGGUGUGUGCCUGCUUGUGUGAGAGCCCCUAUUGGAUUGCAUAGCCUCCCAGGCCUGAAUGCCUGCAGAAGAUCAUAAGGGGUUUGGUUUUGCAUAGCCUCCUCAAUCAUGGCAUGAUGAACUCUUCCUCUGUGUCAGCAGUAUUGACUUGUUUGCCUUAAAUACAGUACAUGUUUGCAGUAUGUAAUGUACCUGAUAGGUGCUUGAGAACCGCAACGUUUGCGUUAGAAUCUGAAGAUAAGCAUAAGCAUCCCUCUUUAAAAUGUAUGUGUUUAUAGGUAUAGUAUACUGAAUACCCUUUAUACCCUCAGCCCUGCCAAUCUUAGAGUAUUUUUGAAAUAAAGACUAAAUUAAAAAGAUGUCUGUUGAUUUGAUUUAUCAAGGUUGUUCGCAAAGUUAAUAGUUAAAAAAUGAUGUCUUGAUGUGCAUUUUGCUUUACUUUUCAAGACGUAUAUCUAGAAAUCACAUCAUCUCAAUUUUACACCCACUUUAGAAGUCAUGCUUGUAACAACAGAUAAUUGUAAUAACACCAUGUCAUGUAAUAACUUUUAAUAAUGUACAACUUUUUCUGGAUUAUGUUAUAAAUCGCCAGAUAACGUAAUUGUUGAACAGAUAACA